AUGAAUUUCCCAAACCCUGCGUCUCUUAGCGAGGUCGAGCUUGCCGCCCUCGUUAAGGACCUCCGCGAGUAUCUGCUCAGAGUAGAGCAUAUACUCAACAACCUUAACUCCUCCAUCACCAUCAACUCCAAUCCCAACGACAACUCCAACAACAACGAAAAUACCAACGACGCUACCAUCUCUCCUUCUCCCGAAAACGCUCAAAUGAGCAUCGAUCCACCCGAUGACACCGUAUUCAUCGAAGUUCGCCGCCGGAAAAAACCCAAACGGGAAAAUCCCAAACGGGAAGAACCCAAACGGGAAAUCCCAAAGCGGCGCCGCACCACAUCCCCCCCUGAAACCGUCGUAAUUGACGAUUUCCUUUCGUCAUCCUCCUCCGAUGAAAUCCAGGUUAAAUCGUUUGAAGACGAAACUGAAGUAGCUGAUCAUAUUUUGGAAGAUGAUGCUAAAACACAGAAGGAAGAUUUUACUACUUCACUAAAAUACAUAAAGGAAAAAUGCACCGAUGCAGAAGGUGCUAAUACCGGCAGGAAUUCAGCGCAAAAGACUACAAAAACGGUUGCAGCUUUGAAGGACACAAGAACAUCCAAGGGUGGAUCCAGCAGCAGUAAGGACGAACGCCAAUGCAGCAAGCGUGAUGACGAUAAAUCAAAGAGAAAAGAUGAGAAGUCCGGCGACAAAAAGGAUAAAGACAUUAGUGAACGAAAAUCAUCUUCAAACAAGACUUCGCAGAAGGAUGACAAAGUGAAUACAUCUACAAAAUUGUCGUCCACAGGAAAGCUGACAAAACCUUCACGUAAUCUUUUGGUAUCGGGGUUAUCUUCAUUAACGAGAGCCAGUGAUCUGAAAACUAUAUUUUCUAAAUAUGGCAAAGUUAUCGGAGCCAAGGUGGUCAUCAACUCCCGAACUCCGGGUACAAGUUGUUAUGGCUACGCAACAAUGUCAUCAUCGUCGGAUGCCAGUCGGAGUGUCGCCAAAAGACGUGUGGAUACAACAAAAAAAGAUGAAGACAAGAAGAUACGAGACACAACUUCUAAGACGAGAGACGACAAACAAACUAUUGAUACAAAAAAGGACGAUGUAUCAAAGAAACCUGAAGUGGAGAAGGAUAAGCAACGCGAUAAAGAAAAGGAGAAGGACCAUAAUAAAAAAGACGUAAAUAAAACUAUUGAAAUAGCCAUAAUAGAUCCAGUUGGAAAAGCAGAUGUAGUAACAACCAUUUGGGAGUUACUAAUACCAUGGCAGCGUUAAAGCAAACGGACUAACUAAAAACCAAACGUCGAUUAAAAUCUGCGGCUGGAAGUCACUUUUGUUGUCUGGCAGAAUGUUCAAAAUUGAACAUGUUUAUUUUCUUAAAUAAGAUAAGUUAAGAAAUUUGUAAUACUUAUGCCCGGUUUCACAGUCCAUACUUAAGUUGUGCCUAAAUAAAAUCUUAGCUAAGUAUUGUUGCAAACUGAGUGGUCGUUUGCGUUUCACAGUCAAUGCUCAAUUUCUAUAAAAUUUUAUUAUGAUAUAUGGCAACGUUAUGGGCAACAUAUGUUUUACAAAUGUCAUUCAUAAAAAUAUGUUUGAAAUAUUUAAAUUAUAACAGACAAUACAUAAAUUUGCGAGGAAAAUUAUAUCAAAAAUUGAUGAAAACAACAAAAGAACCCCAAAUUUCAUCACUAGCGAGUCGGAGCACCUAUGGGAACUGAAGGAAAAGCAUAAGCUGUUAUUGAGUGCAAACGAACGGACACUUGCCCUACGCUACGAAAGAUGUCGCUGAAAAUUCAAAGCAAAUUCAAAACAAAAAUCAGCUGUUAUUUAAGCACUGCUUAAGUCUCCCCUUUUCAGUACUUAAGCAUUACAUAAGUAUGAACUGUAAAACAAUAUUUCCCUGUUUUAUCUUAAGUACAACAUAAGUAUGGACUGUGAAACCGGGCAUUAAGAUCAUAAAAACAUAUACAGUCCACUAAUAAUCAUUUCUUUCCCUCGGCAAUAUGUUCAAAUAUCAUUGAACAUGCUUAUUUAUAUGCAAAGCCGAAAUUAUACUAAAUAUAAAUAUCUAUUUAUAUAUUAAUACAUACAUACAUACAUAAUGCAUUUACAUGCAAUGCAGCAAAAUAAAAGAAAAAAUAUGUAAUAAGAAUACAAUACAGAAAAACAACCCUUAUUGUGGUUAUUGUAUCCGUAUUCUUCAUCAAAAAUCUCAAGAUCUUGUAUGACAGCACACACACACACACACACAUGUAUUGCAUUGUAUAGUUGAAAACAACCCCAUGUGGUGUGCCGUACAUACACAUAUAUUUAACUAGAUAAGUAAGACUUAAAAUAGUAUAUAAGGUGUACAAUAUUUACAAUAAAAUCAGAAUGAAAUAUUUCUCACUCAAUGAAGGUCUUUUCAUUUCCCCCCACCAGUGGUAAGGUUUGAUAAAAUUUUCAUUGAGUUUUAAACAAACGUCACACUUUUCAUUUGAGAGCAGUGAUUCGGAUGACUUACUGGAUGCAACAAACCUCGCAGCACAUAAGCGAAAAGAUGCUUUCUUUUUCUUUCCGGAAUUAUUAAAAAAAGUCAAAAAAUACGAUAAAAACGCCUACAGAAGAAAUCGAAAGCUACUGCAAGGAAAAUGUGGAAAGAAAUAACAGACGAAUUCAAUGUAUUGCAAUGGUGGAAAAAUCAUGAAAAAUUGUAUGCAAAACUUUCCAAAUUGGCACUAAAACUUCACUCAAUUCCGGCUAGUAGUGCAUCAGCAGAACGCGAAUUUUCUUUGGCUGGAAACGUAAUUACAGAAAAAAGAAAUCGGCUUGGCCCAAAAUCUGUAGAUAGCUUACAGCUUUUUUAAAAUCAUUUUACAAAACUUUCCACAGUUAAAUAAAAUUAAUAUGCAUAUCUUAUAUAAGUAUAAUAAGUAUGAAUUGAAAUGUGAUUAUGUUAUUUUUUCCAUUACCAUUGCCAUUAUUAUGAAAAUAAAUACACCUAUGUAUAUGUUUGUUGUGAAAUUA